GCUUCGCGCGGUUAGGCUUAGUUUCAGGAUCGACGCUGAGAUAGAACGACCCAUCGGAGGCGUUCGGAGUUGGAGCUGUUCGCAUAACGCAGCCGUCUGGCCCGUCAAAACCGUGGUGCACAGCUUGUGCGCGGAGUGAAGGUGGAGAGCGCAAGGGAGUCGCGGGCAACAGGGGGAAGUAAGAGAAGAAAGCGGAAAACAGUGAACCCGUUUGCCAGCCAGUGCAAAGUGUACAGUUCAGGUGCGUGAAAGUCCCCUUCCCAGAGUGUGUUCUGUUAGUGGUUUGGGUUUGGUGCAAGGUGGGAGGUGUUUCAGGAGCUGCCUAUAGAACUGCAGUCCUAGCGCGGGCUAAAAAACCCACCCGUUCCGACCGCUCCUUUCCAGCGCCGUGUUCGUCAGCAUCGUCAGCCAGAGGUUACACCGAUAAGCGAGAACUACAUCGAAGGAUCCCUAUUCACUCACUGAAGGCAGAAAGGCUAGAAUAAAGCAUCAAACGGAAAUGUCUCUCAACCAUAUCACAGGACGUAGGGAACGUUGGAUAUGAGUCUUCAAAAUGGCCACAUCCUCACAGCAACAGCAAAGCAGCACUCAAUCAACAUCAUCUAACUGAGCAUGGAACAACUUCUCAACCAAUCGAAACCAUGCGAAAACUUAACAAACUAUGUUGAACUUUAAACCAAUAGUCAACGUGACUCAGUGGAAGAAGAUAAACCGAUUCUAAAAUUAUUAAAUCUUGCCACACCGAUCCGGUUGUCCACAAUAUAUGACAGCGUGAAGCGCACAGAGAAAGCCGUUGAGUAGUUUCAACCAAUCUCGUUCGCUCUCCAAGACGCAGUAUCGCUCGCAACCAGCUCAGUGAAGCGGAAGUGGAACCGGAACCUUCGCUGCUGCGGUCACCUCGUUUAAGGUCAAUGAAAAGAUGGCUACCCCACCGGACAGUCCGAUCGAGGAGGUGGUGUACGAGCUAGAGCCUGCCCGGGCACCGAAACCGAUUCCGGUCGCGCUCGAGGAUCUCUGCCGGCUGACCAAGUUCACCCGCCAGGAGAUACGGGUCAUGUACAGAGGCUUCAAAACGGAAUGCCCGGACGGGGUUGUGCACGAGGACAGCUUCAAGGAUAUCUAUGCGAAAUUUUUCCCCCACGGUAAUUCUAGCCUUUACGCACACUACGUGUUCAAAGCGUUCGAUGUCAACUGCAACGGAUCCAUUACCUUCCGGGAUCUUCUAGUGACUCUAUCCACGCUACUGCGUGGUUCCGUUUACGAGCGAUUGCGGUGGACCUUCCGAUUAUACGACAUCAACGGGGACGGCUGCAUUAGCCGUGGCGAGCUGGGUGAGAUUGUAUUGGCCGUGCAUGAGCUGAUGGGACGCCGUCCCCAUCAACCAGAAGACGACCGGAAAGCCCGGGAACAGGUCGACCAAGUGUUUGCAAAGCUAGACUUAAACCAGGACGGCAUCAUCACGAUCGAGGAGUUCCUGGAGGCUUGCCUGAAGGAUGACGUCGUCACCAAGUCGCUGCAAAUGUUUGACUGUCUUUGAUGACCGUCGACCGAAAGCGUCUACGCAGGCUUGCGCAAACCAGAUCUCGAACGAUUCGCGUUAAUCCAUCUCUAAGGCAGGCAAGAGGACCUGAUCUAAGGGGUCGCGUGCUCGAUACGCAGCGCGCGAAACGAUGGAUCAGUGCCCUCGGAACAUUAGUGCAGUUGUCUGGAUGGAUCGGCUGCACUUGGAGCAUGUUAAUGGUUAAGUUUUACUACAACACCCAUGGCUGGGUGGGGAAGGAAAGGAACCUCACCAAUAACCAAACUAGCCCCAAAAUCACCAGUUAGAGAUUCUGGCCAGAUGUUCUGGCCUGGUAUCGUCCCGUUGCGGUAUGGUAUGCGCAUCUGUGUAGA